UCCCAUAUACAGUUUUGUAUAUCAAUUAAAUAGUGCCCCCCAGGAGUUUUAAUGGUACAAUCGGGUAAAGUCUCGUGAGAACUAACGAGGAACAUGACGUAGUUGGCAGACGACGUUAUGUAACUAGCAGACGACGCUCCUUUCUAGUCGGCAAGAUCCGCUGUUAUUGCAGGUAUUUGGGGGCGAAGGUCCUUACAUUCUGUUCUUCUGGACAAAACCUAACGUCACUUUAAAGCAAACGGUGAAUAACUGCAGUCGAUAGCAGAAGAAAUCUGCCGCAACGCCCCCUCCCCAUUCAUUCCAAGACGAACUGAUUUUACCUCGCGGUUGUGUAACGCCAUUAUGGCCACAAACGUUCACGGACCUUCAGUUGCCAUCAUCGGCGGUGGUAUAGCGGGCCUGGUGUGCGCAGCUCGCCUGGGACAACUCGGGAUCACCGCUACCACCGUUUUCGACACAGGGAGACACGCCCCUGGAGGCAGAUGCUCCACCAGGACAGUGGACGUCGGAGGAAAAACGUUCCUCUUUGACCACUCAGCCCAGUAUUUUACAGUCAGCGACAAUCGCUUCGCGAAAAUCGUCUCAUUUCUGCACGCCAAAGGAGCCGUGAAGGUGUGGAACGGGCCAAUCGGUGUGCUGAAGGGGGGUCGGUUUGUGAAGAAUGCCAACCUGCAAGCGUUUGUGGGUACAGGGGGCAUGAAAUCAGUCCCAGAAUGCCUUGCUACUUUGUCAAGAGUGCAGAGGCCGGCCUGGGUUGGCAAUGUGGUCUGGGAACCUAUGGCCAAGAAGUGGAAAGUUGACAAGUAUGGAUACUUUGACUACCUAGUGAUUGCACACAAUGGAAAGUGUGCAGACCGUCUGAUGGGCAGUGCCGGGGCUCCAAAGAUUCACGAACUUCUCCGAGUGCGCUUCACUCCCAAGUUGAUCCAGAAAGUUCAGCAAAUGCAGCUGUGCUCUUUAUGGGUACUACUGGUGGUUUUCCCUGCCAGCCUGAAGUUACCUUUUGAGGGAGCGUUUGUGGAAGACUCGGAUGUUACCUGGGUGGCAAACAAUACUGCCAAGCUGGGUCAAAGGGCAACUGGGGACAACAGCGAGUGUUGGACCAUCUUUAGCUCACGACAGUUUGGAGCUGCCCACAAGGUGCCACAAGAGAACAUCCCACCUGGCAAAGCUGAGGAGGUGACAAAGCGACUCCUAGCAGCCUUUGCUAAAUCUGCAGGUCUGGAUUCACGAGCUCUCCCUAGCCCAACCUACAACAAAGUCCAGCUCUGGGGAGCCGCUGUACCCCUGAAUGUUUUGGACGGAGCAGACUGCGUGUUUCAGGCAUCACAGAAUGUGGGGAUCUGCGGGGACUGGCUUGUUAGCCCUUGUAUUGAAGGGGCUGCUGUCAGUGGACUAGCUCUAGCGGAGUCUAUCCAUCGCCAUGUAAAUGGUGAGAGGAGAGAUACAGGCCUGGGAUGUACAUUCAAACCUGUUCAUGGACCUCCUAUUGGUUCAUUCCCAACCAACAGCAAACUGGUUUUUAACCCCGGAGGAAAAACUGGGUAAAAUACAUUCUCUGUAGCCUGCCAAAGAUUUCCUUUUCUUUUACAGCAUGCUAAAUGUGAAAUUUGUAGCAUUGUCUUGCUGUAAAACUUUCCAUUCAGAAUGGCACAUUUCGCUAAAGAUUACUAGUAUUAUCUCAGUUAUCCUCAGCAGAUCAAUACACACAUUAAAUUAGUAGUAAUGCUUUAUUUACUUGCAAUUCUUUCAGGGUAUGAUGUACAGUUCAUGCAUAUGAUGGUAAUGUUUUCAUGUAUUCUAUGUUUUUUCAAAGGGCAUGGCAAAAACCUAGAUGUUCAGCACCUUUUGGAUGUACUAAAUGAGUCGAUGUGUUGUAAGAUAUGUUGAAACUUAAUCGUGAUCAGUUGGGUCUCACCUCACCUCACCUCACCUAUCCCUUGACCUUCUAGUGGGUCGUUGGGGCACCAUGACAUCAGUUGGGUGAAGUUUACAAAUACAUGUACAGUCAACUAUUCAAUAAUCUACUUGAAGCGAAAACAAUAAUCGCCUUGAUAACUUAUGCAUUAAAACGAAUUGUCUUAGAUGACAUUAUGAUAUAUGUUAUGUUGGAUUUCCAUUUUCAUUAGAUGUGAAAAAUCUGAACUGCACAA